AGUCUAUCUGAAUUUCAAGUCGCCAUGUGUGGUAUUUGUUGUGUUGUUGCCUUGUCUAGCCAGCAUAGUAUUUGUGAUUACUUCAAUGAGGACCUGUACUGCCAUCUUAGAAGAAGAGGACCAGACAGCAGCCAACAAUUGAUAAAGACUGUGUCUGAGCCGUCCUAUAAGUGUCUUUUUUCUGGCCAUGUGCUUCACCUGAGGGGACUGAUGACUCCUCAGCCUCUGGAAGAUGUCAAUAAUAAUAUUUUGCUCUGGAAUGGAGAAAUUUUCAAUGGAGUGCAUGUAGGAGAUUCAGAGAACGACACUGAAGUUAUGUUUCGUCAUCUUGCGCUAUGCAGUAGUGACGCUGACUUCUUAACACUCUUCUCAUCACUUCGGGGUCCAUGGUCUUUUAUUUAUUACCAAGCAUCUGGACACAGCUUAUGGUUUGGUAGAGAUUAUUUUGGUCGUCGUAGUUUGCUUUGGCAGUUCAGUAAUGUGAGUGAUAGUGUUUUCUGUCUCACAUCUGUAAGUGUGAAUUUGGAAUCUUGUAACCGAUGUCAAGAAAUCCCAGCAUCUGGAAUUUUCAAAAUUGAUCUCAAAAGCUGUGUGACAACUAAAUUAUUGUCUUUAACGUUGUUUCCAUGGAAGUACAGUUGCACAGAGAAAACUCAAGAAGAAAUAUUCAUUGAUAUUCUGGAUCAAGUUUCAAAAGACUUACCAAAUCACAUCACGGUUGUGAUGAAUGAGUCAAAACUAUGUCUCAGCACACCAGUAAUGCCCUUAAACAGAGCCAUUUCUGAAGCCUCAGCUGAGUCUGCAAGAACUGAUACUAGCAACACGAGCCACGUGGCUUCCAUAGAAACUCUUCAGGGAUAUCUUGCAGAGGAGCACAAGAGAAAACUAGUCCAUCAGUUCAUUGAUGUUCUAGAUGAGGCAGUAAAGAGACGAGUUUUACUACUAGUUAGAGGUGAAGAUCAGAGAACAAGAGAAGUUGAGGGUGCUUCUCCCAGGAAGGCUCACGUUGCAGUGCUCUUUUCUGGUGGCGUUGACUCUAUGGUUAUUGCAGCCCUUGCUGAUCGACAUGUUCCUUUGGAGGAACCAAUUGACCUUCUCAAUGUAGCUUUCAUGCCAAAAGAACAAACUAAGCAAACACGUACCCCUAAAUCCUGUAUCAGCCAGGAAAUGCAGCUUGAUUUGCGUCGUGUUCAAGAAAAUCAUGAAGACCUUGAUGCUAAAAUUGGUGAUCGUUUGUCUUGCUUUGAUGUUCCUGACAGAAUUACUGGUAGGGCAGGACUGAAAGAAUUAGAAGCCCUUAACCCUUCAAGAACCUGGAACUUUGUGGAAAUUAAUGUCACAUUAAAGGAAUUGCAAGAAAUGAGACAACAAUUCAUAAAUCACUUGAUUUAUCCUCUGGAUACAGUUUUGGAUGACAGCAUUGGAUGUGCAAUCUGGUUUGCUUCCAGAGGACAGGGUUAUAUUAAUAAGAAAGGAGAAAUGAAACCAUACAGAAGUCCUGCAAAGGUUGUGCUUACAGGAAUUGGAGCAGAUGAACAGCUUGCUGGGUAUUCCCGACAUCGCGUUUGCUUCAGAAAAUAUGGCCUAGAAGGUCUGAAUAAGGAACUUGAAAUGGAGUUAGGUCGCAUUUCUUCUAGGAAUCUUGGUAGAGAUGACAGGAUUAUUGGAGAUCAUGGAAAAGAAGCCAGGUUUCCUUUUAUUGAUGAAGAUGUCGUUUCGUUCCUCAAUUCGCUGCCCAUCUCAGAAAAAGCAGACUUGACUUUACCUCGAGGAAUUGGUGAGAAACUGAUUCUGCGCCUUGGAGCCAAGGAACUUGGCCUUAAAGCUUCAAGCAUUUUGCCAAAAAGGGCUGUACAGUUUGGAUCUCGGAUUGCAAAACUGGAGAGCAACAAUGAAAAAGCACACCACACAUGCAACAGACUGAAGUUAUUUUAGUAGAUGAAUUAUAAAGCUAUAUCUUAAGAUACUAUUUAUCCUAUUUGUAAAUUUAGUAAAUCUUUGGGAUUUUUUUAACAAGUUUGGCUUAGUUUGUUUGUUUUAUGCAUUUGGGCAUUGUUACAAUCAAUAGAAUAAUACACAUAGUACAUACUUGUCCUAGACACAUUAUGAAUGUAUCCUUAGGGGAGAAGGGAAAGCUGGUCUCUGUGGAAUAGAAGAUAGCCAGAGGUUGGCAUUUCUUCUCCCCCUUCCUCAGCAAAGUGCCUACUGAAUCCUUCAGUCUGUCAGGUUAUGGUUUUAGAAGGGAGAAUGCGGUGAGGAGCUGACCUGGAUUGCUAGAGCCACUGAGAGCUGAGGGUUCUGGGCCACACUGCCUCUUAGGAGCUGUCCCCUAUGCAUCACACUUAACCUUUUGUUUUUUGAGGAACAGGCUGCCCUUGCCUCAGCUGUUGAGAGCUGCCCAGUGAGGCCUGUGCUCCUGUACUGGGUUGAUUGGUGGCCACAGGACUAAGGCUCCCUCUGCUCCCAGGAGAUCUCUGGGAUGAUCUCUGCAAUAUCUUCUUUGUCAUAGCUGGUUCCCUAACAUCUUGCUGCUUCUUUUAGCUUGAGCUCUGCUGCUUCUACAGCUACAAGGCAUCCCUUGUGUUUUUCAAGGAAGAUUGCUAAAAGAAAGCAAAUGCAGAAUAUCUAGCUUCAAAAAAAGCACCUGAGCUUUUUAUCUGGAUGUAAUCAUAUGGUGGAAAUACAAAUAUUCAUACUAGCAUAAAAUCUAGUUUUGCGCAAAGCAGUAUUUAGCUGUUUCUACAAAUAAUCUGUUGUAAUGGUGCAAAUAAAAUUUUACAUCAAUUUGGGACUGGGGAGAAUUACUACAGAAGCAUUACUACAGAAUGCUUCAGAACACGGGCAGUUUUCUGGUGCUCUGAGGAAAAUUGACUUGCUUGUAUGUUCUUUGACAUUGGCAAGAUUUAUUCCAUCACUGAUAGCAGAGAGAGAUUAGAUUCAAGGACCAUUAAUCUGACUAAAUGUGACCAUAAUUUGUUAACUCUGUAGUGGCGCUAUGGUGCCUCAUUUAGGAUUCCUAGAAAAAAGUUGUGUAUUUUAUACCCAGGAAAAUAGUUUCUUUUCCAAAAUAAGUCUUUCAAUUUUUACAAAUACAUAUGUACGUGAGAAAUAAUUUGGGAAGUGUUCUAGGUACUUUUAGGUAUUAGCCUUAAGAAACUAUGUGUAGUUGUCAAGCCAUGACCUGAAACAGUGAUGGAGCAUCUGAUGGGAAGGCAGGGCCAACACAGGGGAACUCAAGUGCAUGCAGUGUAUCUGAGUGAAGGGUGGAGCCAGGAUCCACCCCUUGCCAGAGCCCAUUUAAGGACUGGCAGAUGAGGGCAUCUGUCUGGAGGUCCAUGCAUACCUGAGGCCUUCUGAAGGGAAGCAGCUUCUUUCCCUUAUUUCUGUGUGUAUUGCUGUUGGAUUUGAGCAAAUCCUUGCUCCCUGCAGCCUGGUAUCUUGCUGCUCUGCUGUCACUGUUAUGUUAUCACUUCACAGCAUGCAAUUUGGUUUUAGCAUUUUUGUUUUCAGUUUAACCUAUUACUUACAAACAAUAAAUUCAUCAUUAUUCCUUAAA